AUGACAUUGCACUUUAACAAGACUUGCUUCUUUGGUGUUGUUCUUUCCGACAAGACGUGGAGGGCGCAGGAUCUAUCGUUUUCACUCCCUCAAGGGACCACUCUCGCCACGUGCCCACCAGACAUCAUCGACCAUCUUCAAACGCUGCACGUCCCCGAGGUGAUGAAAGCGUUUCAUGUCGGAGCUCUUGGACGAGAAGGGUACAAGACAGGAGGCGACGCGAUCGUUGCCCUCCCUUCCAUCGACAUGUUCUGCUUCGGGCUUUUCCUCUUCCACGCUGUGACAGGAAGCCCACAGGGAACUCGCGCUGAAGAGCUCGGACCUCCAGCCUCCAUCGACCAGCUCCGAAGAUAUUGUCGUCAGCUUCCUCUUCCGCAAGAGGCAAUGCGUGAGUUCGAUGGGAGUUACGCCAAGGAGAUCGAGAGGAGGAGGAUACUUUCAUCGGCCAGCUUACAGACAGCUGCUAGUAUCAGGAACCAGGCUCUCAAGAACGCCGUUCGUAGCAUGCCGCCAAGAAUGCGGGAGGUUCUCCUCCAAAGUGCCCAGACGGCUUUGGAGUGA